AUGAGGGGGAGCAAGGGUAAUGGAGGUAUUUCGAUGGCGACGAAACCGAGGAAUCCAGGGGCGGGGAAAAAAGAUUUUCCGGGGCGGAGUCAAGAGAUGCUUCUCUUGUCAAAAAGGGCACCGCUAACAUAUUUAUUUGAUUCGCAGCUCCCCUCUCCGUUCAAAGCAUCCUCCACACUUUUUCACGAUAACUCCACACUUGCAAUUUCUCUCCCACCUCCGAUCUCCGAUCGCCUGCGCUACCAGACCUUGUUAGACCUCCGAUUUCCGGCGACGCUAGCUACUGUAUCGCCUUUUCCGAUCUCCUGUUUUGAUUCCAGUUUAAAUCAAUCUCGCUUUCCAUCUCUUUCUAGUUUGAAGGUAUCAAUGGCAAAAGUUAUAGAGAAGUUCUUUGUAACAUCUAUGUUGAUGUGGGCUGUUCCUAUUGCAAUUUUGUACGCCUUCAACAACAAUCUAUUUCCUGGUUCUGCUGACAUGUCUCCAUAUUCAGUGACACUAAUAAGUGGAUUUCUUGCUGUUGUAUCGGUGAAUAUCGUAAUAGCAUUCUACAUUUACUUGGCAAUGAAAGAGCCUUCAGAGAAACACGAGCCUGAUCCUAAGUUUGUUUCAGAAGCUGAGGCGAGUGUCAAACAUCUGGUAGUACCCAAUCAAACACAGGAAACCGAGUCGACUCAUAAGAAAGAAGAGUAAAAAGAGAGUAUUUGAUGAUUUAGCACGCACCUUUUGGUUGUCAUACUAUCUAUAUGCAUUCUUGUACAUUUUUAUUUUUAUAUGUUGUGGAUCUUUUAAGGAUUUGUUUUGUUAGUAAUUUCGUAUCCAUUGUUUUCUUGGAUUAAAGGCGGAACAUGACAUAGCAGAUUGUAAUAUGUUUGAAGUGAGAGAUAGGAU